GCUUUGACCCUCGGCGCCGCCCGUCACAGAGAGGAGAGCGAGCGCGGGAAAGUCUGACCGGACGGCGGCGCGCCUGCCGGGGCUGUCCGUGGUGAUGGAAGAGGCGGAGGCUGAGGAGCCGCAGGAGUUCUCUCACCGGCAGAGGCUGAAGGCAGCGGUUCACUACACGGUCGGCUGCCUCUGCCAGGAGGUGGAGCUGGACAAGCAGAUGCACUUCAGCAAGCAGACCAUCGCGGCCAUCUCCGAGGUGACUUUUCGACAGUGUGAAAAUUUUGCCAAAGACCUCGAAAUGUUUGCCAGACAUGCGAAAAGAAGCACAAUUAGCACUGAAGACGUGAAGCUCUUAGCGAGGCGGAGUAAUUCACUGCUAAAGUACAUUACAAAGAAAAAUGAAGAGAUCGCCCAGCUCAACGCGGAACAAAAGGCCAAGAAGAAAAGAAAGCCGGAGGGCGAAAAGGAGGGCGAAAACCGGAGCUCUAAGGAGCUGGAUGCUGAGGGGCUGGCCAGUGACCGCUGAGUCCUGGCCACGCCUGCCUGCGGGAAGUAGGGCACGCCCCGCCAAGGGCGGUCUGAAGGGAGGAGUACUGACAUUUGAGACAGACACCAAGCGGGCCGGCCUUUCACGCUGCCUGUUCGAAGUCAUUCAAAGCCGGGAAUUCCUGUAAAGUCAUCCCCUCGCUUCCUGGGCCCAGGAAAAGCUUGCGCUUGGGUGGCAGGCCAUAACUUGUAACUUCCUGACUGGUAAAAUGGAUUGGCAGUCAGACCUGCUGGCUGCUGGGCUGAGUCAACCUGCCGUUGACUUCCCAGGCCAAAGGCAGGUCUCUGGAGAGCGAAUAAAGCUGCGUUUGCUGA